ACAUGGUUUGAUAACAUGGACCGAGCAGGCGAGUCUAAGAUCAAACCCUUCGAUGGUGAUGACUACACCUGCAUCACAUUCCAUCCGGACCUGGCAAAGUUUAAAAUGCAGGCUUUGGAUAAGGAUACUGUCGCGCUGCUAACUCGACGAGCAUAUGACAUCGCUGGGGCCACUAAGGGCGUCCGUGUCUUUCUCAAUGGCAAGAAACUGCCAGUGAAUGGUUUCCGUAGCUACGUGGACCUUUAUCUGAAGGACAAGGUGGAUGAGACUGGUUCUCCCCUGACGAUAGUCCAUGAGAGUGUGAAUGAACGCUGGGAGGUGUGUCUUACCCUUAGUGAUAAAGGGUUCCAGCAAGUCAGCUUUGUUAACGGCAUCGCCACAACUAAGGGUGGCAGACACACAGACUAUGUUGCAGACCAGAUUGUGUCCAAACUGAUUGAAGUGGUUAAAAAGAAGAACAAGGCUGGAGUGGCUGUCAAACCUUUCCAGGUGAAGAAUCACAUGUGGUUGUUUGUGAACUGUCUGAUUGAGAACCCCAGCUUUGACUCUCAGACCAAAGAGAACAUGACCUUGCAGCAGAAGAAUUUCGGUUCCACCUGCUCUCUGAGUGAUAAGUUCAUUAAACAGGCAAAUGUCUGUGGAAUUGUGGAGAGCAUUAUGAACUGGGUGAAGUUUAAAGCCCAGGCUCAGCUCAAUAAGAAAUGCUCUGCUGUCAAACACACUAAGAUUAAAGGAGUCCCCAAGCUGGAUGACGCCAACGAUGCAGGUGGAAAGAACUCCACUAGCUGCACUCUGAUCCUGACUGAAGGAGACUCGGCCAAAACUCUGGCUGUGUCGGGUCUGGGUGUGGUGGGACGUGAUCGAUAUGGUGUCUUCCCUCUGCGUGGUAAAAUCCUCAACGUGCGAGAGGCGUCUCACAAACAGAUCAUGGAGAACGCUGAGAUCAACAACAUCAUAAAGAUCCUAGGUCUGCAGUACAAGAAGAACUACAGUGACUCUGAAUCACUCAAAAGCCUGCGUUACGGCAAGCUCAUGAUCAUGACAGAUCAGGAUCAAGAUGGAUCUCACAUUAAAGGUCUUCUCAUCAACUUCAUCCAUCAUAACUGGCCAUCACUGCUGCGCCACAACUUUCUUGAGGAGUUCAUCACCCCGAUCAUCAAGGCGUCCAAUAAGAAGCAGGAGCUUUCUUUCUACAGUAUUCCAGAGUUCACUGAGUGGAAGGAGAAACAAAGUAACAUAAAAUCCUGGAGGAUCAAAUACUACAAAGGUUUGGGUACCAGCACAUCUAAGGAGGCCAAAGAGUAUUUUUCGGAUAUGACGAGACAUCGAAUCCCCUUUAAGUACUCUGGGCCAGCCGAUGAUGAAGCUAUCACCCUGGCCUUUAGUAAGAAGAUGGUAGAUGAGAGGAAGGAGUGGCUGACCAGCUUCAUGAUCAACAGACGUCAACGCAGAGAACACAACCUGCCUGAGGAGUAUUUGUACGGACAGAAAACUACCUCCCUCACCUACCAUGACUUCAUUAAUAAAGAGCUUGUGCAGUUUUCCAACUCUGACAAUGAGCGAUCAAUCCCCUGCUUGGUGGAUGGGCUGAAACCAGGUCAGAGGAAGGUGAUUUUCUGCUGUUUUAAGAGGAAUGAUAAGAGAGAGGUGAAAGUGGCUCAGUUGGCUGGAUCAGUGGCCGAGAUGUCCGCGUACCACCAUGGAGAGGUCUCUCUGAUGAUGACCAUCGUGGGUCUUGCUCAGAACUUUGUGGGCAGUAAUAAUUUGAACCUGCUUCAGCCUCUGGGUCAGUUUGGCACACGUCUGCAUGGAGGCAAAGACUCUGCCAGCCCCAGAUACAUCUUUACCAUGCUCAGUCCGCUCGCUCGUCUACUGUUCCCUGCUAUGGAUGAUAACCUGUUGAAGUAUAACUAUGAUGACAAUUUGCGAGUGGAGCCAGAGUGGUACAUUCCCAUCAUCCCUCUGGUGCUGGCUAAUGGAGGUGAGGGCAUCGGCACAGGAUGGGCCAGCCGUAUCCCCAAUUUUAAUCUGCGCGAGAUCAUCAACAAUAUUCACCGCCUGCUCAAUGGAGAAGAGCCACUUCCCAUGCUGCCCAGCUACAAGGGGUUCAAGGGCACCAUUGAUGAACUGGCGAAGAAUCAGUAUGUUAAUAAUGGAGAGGUGGCCAUCAUUGACUCCACCACCAUUGAGAUCACUGAGCUGCCAAUCAAAACCUGGACACAGAUCUAUAAGGAGAAUGUGUUGGAGGUGAUGCUGAACGGCUCGGAGAAGGUUCCUCCUCUGAUCACAGACUAUAAGGAGUAUCAUACAGACACCACAGUGCGUUUUGUCAUUAAGAUGACAGAAGAGCGCCUGAGAGAGGCGGAGGCAGCUGGACUACACAAAGUCUUCAAGCUACAGAGCCUGCUCACCUGUAACUCCAUGGUGUUAUUUGAUCAUGUGGGCAGUCUGAAGAAGUAUGAGUCUGUUCAGGACAUCUUGAAGGAUUUCUUUGAGCUCAGAAUGAAGUAUUACGUCCUCAGGAAAGACUGGCUGCUAGGAAUGCUGGGAGCUGAAAGUGCCAGGCUCUCCAACCAGGCCCGAUUCAUUCUGGAGAAGAUCCAGGGCACGCUGGUCAUUGAAAAUAAACCUAAGAAGGAGCUGAUCCGCAUGCUUCAGCAGAUGGGCUAUGAUUCUGACCCUGUUAAGGCAUGGAAAGAGGCUCAGGAGAAGGAUGUUGAGGAGGACGCUGGGGAGGAUGAGGAGAAAGAGGAAGAUAAGUCUGGCCCUGAUUAUAACUAUCUUCUCAGCAUGCCCAUGUGGUUCCUGACCAAAGAAAAGAAAGAUGAACUGUGCAGACAGAGAGAUGCUAAGAUGACUGAGUUAAACACGCUCAAGGUGAAGGUGCCCACUGAUCUGUGGAAAGAAGAUCUGGCAGCUUUUACUGAGGAGCUGGAGCGUGUAGAACAGAAGGAGAUGGAGACACAGACUGCGAUACCUCAGGUAAAAGGUAAAGUGGGGAAAUCAAAAGUGGUGAAGGUAAAGAACGAGACAAUGCCCACCCCGCAAGGCCGCCGCGUCAUCCCCCGCAUCACCAGCACUAUGAAGGUUCAGGCCAUUAAGAAGGAGGGAGCCAAACGAGGCAAAGCUGCAAAGAAAGAGGCUGGUGUGGUGAUGAAGAUGGAGUUUGAUGAUGAAGCAGACAUAGCUGCUGAUGGCUCUGAGAUUGGACUGACUGCUAGACUCACUAAGAAGAUCAAGAAAGAGCCUGCCAAAGACAAAAACUCAAAGUCAGGCAAGCAGACCACCCUCGCCUUCAAACCGGUCCAGAAGAAGAGUCCCUGGUCUUCUGAGGAGGAAGAGUCUAAGUCUGAUAUGGAGUUCAUCCCAGAGGAAGUGGCUCCAAGAGAGAAGAUACAACGCAAGGCUGCUGCUGAAAAGAAGUACAGUCUGUCAAGCAGUGAGGAUGAGUUUGAUGACUGGACGAAGAGCAGUAAACAGAAGCGUGCUGCUGUUAUUGAUGAUGACUCCUUCAUCCCUGAACCCAGCGGUGCACCUGACAGUGACAUGGACUCCCCUCCUCCUGCACCUGUUGUGAAAAAAGCUCCAGCGAAAGCCAGCAAAACAAAGGCAGAGAAAGCAGAAACCAGCAGCAAGUCCAGCUCUCUUUCUGAGACCAGCCAAGAGCCAGCUCCUAAACCUGUGAAAAAAUCAGCUGAAGGAGCCGCCAGGAAACCUGCCGCAAAAAAGACAAGUGCUGCUUCAAAGAAGAAAGCAACAGACACAAAACAGCCCUCAAUCCUUGAUGUGCUAUCCAAGACAAGUCCAAAACCAAACCAAAAAACCAAAGCCACCAAGAAGCCUACUGCUCUCAAACUAUCUUCCACUGACUCUGAAGACGCACCCCCUGCUGUAGUUGAGAAGAAACCAGCCAAGAAGAGGAAGACCGCUCUGAGCAGUGACCAAUCAGACAGCUCGGACUCAGACAGUGGCAAUCUCAUGGCUCGGCUCAAGGGCAAAAGCACUGCUGGAAAGAAAGCGAAGAGCUGGGAUGAUGACGACAGCUUUCAGCUAGAAGAGAAGGUCGUGACAUCUGCCGCUCCCAGGAGUCGAGCUGCACGCGCCACCAAACCUGUGACCUACGCUCUAGAUUCAGAGUCUGAUGACUAUUAAAUGUUAUGAAAUAACCCUGUAUUCAUUAUAAUCAGACCUGUUAGAUUUGUUUUAUUAUCGUAGAAAGAAUUGUUUUUUAAAAGAAAAUAAACCUUAAAGUAAGUUAGUUUUAACUUUAAUGCAGAAAGCCUAAUUCAUAUUGGCUCUUUAAAAAAAAAAAGUCUGACAGACUAAGAAACCAGUUCAAAUACGUCUGGCUAGUUAGUUUCUCACCUUGUUCGUUGUUUUUUUUAUACC